AUGGAUCCCGCCUUUGUCGCAAACAUGGAGCGCUGCCCCAUGUACGCUUCCUUCUUCAGUGCCAUGGGUUGCGCCAGCUCCAUCAUCCUCUCCACCUUCGGCGCCUCCUACGGCACCGCAAAGUCUGCCGGCGCCAUCUUUGCCUCUGGCAUCAUGCGCCCUGACCGGCUAAUGCAGAACAUCCUCUGCGCCAUCAUGGCCCAGAUCCUCUCCAUAUACGGCCUGGUCGCCAGCGUCAUCAUCGUAAACAACACCAUGGAGAAGAUGCCCGCCCACACUGCCUUCCUCCAUCUUGGCGCAGGGUUGGCCUGCGGUCUCUGCGGCCUGGCUGCCGGCUUCGCCAUCGGCAUAGUCGGCGACGCUGGCGUCCGCGCGAGCACCCAGCAGCCACGCCUGUAUAUUGGCAUGGUCCUCAUCCUCAUCUUCGCCGAGGUCUUGGGUCUCUACGGCAUCGUCGUGUCAAUCCUCAUGAUCACGCGCUCUACCAUGGACGUCACCCAGUGCAAGUACUGA